AUGGCAAUACAGUCCGACUUACGAGAUCACCAAGAACCUGCCUCUGCCCUCAAGACGUCCUCAUCGGGGCGCUCACGCCCCUCUUCACCAGAGGGUGCGUCGGCCCUGACCCUGCCUGCGGCCUCGUCUCUUUUGCCACGCCAUGGGCCGCAGAGACGCCCUGAAAUCACGUUGUCAGACCAGCCUGCGGAGCUGACGCGCGUGGGCCCCAAGAGACGGAGGGCCCUCCACGAUGUUGAUGGCCCUCAUACUGGAUCCCUGAGCUGCAAGAAGCGCCGACUACGUCGCCAUCUCAUUACUUCAAGGCUGUCGCGGCCGUACUCGUCACCAGCUACCCACAUCUUGAACCGGGAGGCGGCAGCCGGGGCCAAACGCUUCCUCAAGAUGGCGGCGGCGGCCUCGGCGAGGAAACUCACGACCGUCGUUGUGCCGACGCCGCCCACUGCUGACUGGGGCUCUGGCAGGGCGGUGGCAGCUGCCCAGGUCGCCACCGUCGUCCCUGCGAACAGCAUUCACCACCUGGCACCGGCAGAGAUGGUACGCCGGGCAGCAAUCAUGAACAGUUUCAGGAUCCGAGUGUGCGACGAGGCCCGGCAACGAGGGGAAAGGACUGAUCUCCAGCUGGCGGCCAGUGCUGCGCUCCUAAGGGCGGGGCCCGGGCAACAAGGGGUCGGGUUUGUGACGACACCAAAGACCGCGGGGGCGCACACGUCGCUCAGCUCAUCACCCACACAGGACGCAACGAGAGAUCCCGGACUGGGACCAUACAGGUCAACCAUGGCGUUUUCCCCGACAAAGGCCACGCAGCCGUCUCUCACGGCUAACACCACGAGGAUGUCUCCACCUGUACAACACGCAGGAGGGACCGCCAGUUAUUCACCCCCAAAUAGUCCUAACAAGCACCCAAGACCUCGUGGCGCUGGGCGGACAUCGCCGGGUACGAAGCCACUGAGAUCCCCCGAGCUCUUAGCUCAGGGCAGUCAUGCCGAAUGUGGUGGACUAGACGACGACGAGCUCAGCUUCCCGGCAACGGAUUACUCCGACGACUUCCUGGAGAAUGAGUCAGACGAAGUGUAUACUGACUUUGGGGCCAUCUUUGGUGGGUGUGGUGAAGACGGGGACGAGGCUAGAGACAGCGGUGAGGCCCUGAGGCCUGCUGGCGAGGGGUCUGGAGAACAUGGUGUUGAGCACUUUGAGGAUUACAUGGACGACUUGGACGGCAUCCCAUGGGGUGCGAGGUGA